AUGGCAUUCGAGAACGAAUCAGGACAGUACAAUGAUAUCCUCUACCUUGUGCACUGGCAAUUUCAAAGGCUGCCGCAUAAGGCAUUGCCGGAUUUCUCUGGGCGAUUGUGUCCUCUCGGGCAAGUGACCAAAGGAGCCAUUGGCGACCAUCAAGACUCUGAAAGUGUUACAUCGAAACAGGGCUUCAACGCAAGAGAAGGUCUGCCAGUGGCUAUUUGGCUUUGUCGUGGCACUCCGAAGGAUGGAGCCGUUAGGAAGCAGGGCUGUUUAAGCGAACAAUUGUUGUGGGAUGCAUUUGAAGGGUUGCCAGAGUUCUACGCCACAGGUGUCCAGAGCGACUCAUAG